AUGGACUCUCCCAACAGCAGAGCAACAACACCGGACCUGUCUGUGACGAAAGGUACUUCCGAUAUGCAUACUCUGCCCUCGACGCCAAAGACUCCGACACUAGCUACAGCACUAGAACUAACAACGACAGCACAGGACUUGGCAUCUGGAAGUGGUACUCCAAACCAAGACAUAGCAUUGAGCGAUUCGACUGCCCAAGCUGUAUCGAACGCCGUCCUUCUGCCACGCUCGCCCGUGUCUACGGCCCAAGAGCCCGUCGCCAGUUCAACGACAACUGUUCCGUGCGCCCAGAUGUUCGCAUUUCUCACCCGUUUCGAGCAACUCGCAUACGACAAAAUUCCGAACGCAAACAGCAUCUCCGAAACCAUGCACGAUCUUGAUCAGCUCGCAGAAAGCGUGAAAACCUAUCAGUCAGCGUGCUCCCGCGCCCGCACAUACCCGGAUCCGAAGUCAUUUAACGUCCAAGACCUCCUCACCGAGGCUUCAUUCAUUCAGUCUACCGCCGCUCGACUCGCCGGCACCACGGAAACUUACAUCCCUACCCUUCGCGGAUGGGUGCGCGAUAUCAAGACGUUGAUGCGGGAUGCUGGAAAAACCCUGAGAUUUGCCGAAGGGGUGGGCACCUCAAAGCACACGGAAAUGUACAAAUUGCUCGACGCUCUUGGCCUGCUGCAGGAUUCUGCGCGGCAUGUGCUCUCCCAGUCGCAGAAUCAUAGCGUGCUGAGGCAGUGGCGGGCCGACAGCUUUGCAAUCCUAGUCCGGGAAGCGGAAAGAUUGCCCAGCGAGAGCAGCCUCGUUGCCCGCAGGUGGUUCUCGAAUCGAGGCCCGAAGAUGCUUGAAGCUGUGCCUGACACUGAAGAUCGUCCCGUAACGGGGCCCGUUGAAGGCCUGCAAAGAAUGCCAAACAACAUGGGAGAGACUGAUGGAGUGGAAGGCUGUCCCUAG